UGGAUACCAGAGUCACGUUAGUCUAGAUAAGACCUGAGGCCUGAUAAGCUGGUUGUUGAGAUCAUGCAGAGCCAGGUCAUUGAUAACGUGAUCAUCUUGAUCUCAGGUCCCGUGAUCGUGAUUGAUGAGGGCUAUCUAUCUAUCAUCGGCUUGACAUUCGCCGCGGCCUGUUGCUAUCAUCGUCCGCCCAUGACCCAACUCACCAGCGAAGGUGCACCUCCCCCCUUCGGUCGCGAGCUCCUCAAAUACUUCGCCUUCGAUCCCGACUAUGUGAACCUCAAUCACGGGUCCUACGGAUCGCUCCCCCUCCCGGUCCUCGCGGCAUGUAACGAGCUGACGAUGCGCAUCGAGGCGAACCCUGACGUCUUCGUGCGCGUUGACCAGACACCCCUCAUCACCGCGACGCGGGAGCGGAUCGCCAAGUUUGUGAACGCGAAGACGGAGGAGGUCGUGUUAGUGCGGAACACGAGCCACGGGAUCAACACUAUCAUGAGGUCGUUUGAUUUCAAGGAGGGGGAUGUCAUGGUCACUUGCAGCACAACGUAUGACGCCAUGUCCGCACUCGCACGGGCCAUCGCAGACGGCCCCACACACCCGACAAUAUCCCAAUUUACCCUCACGUUCCCCACGUCCCACGCGGCGAUCGUCUCCGCAUACCGGGCGCACCUGCGCGCGAUCCCGCGCCACCCCGGGCAAACGGUCGUCGCGCUCAUUGACGCGAUCAUUUCUGUCCCCGGCGCGCUGCUGCCGUGGCAGGAGCUCGUGAAGGUGUGCAAGGAGGAGGGUGUGUAUUCCGUCAUCGACGCGGCCCAUGCUAUUGGGCAGGAGCCGAACAUUGAUUUGGCAAAGGCAGAUCCGGAUUUCUGGGUAUCGAACUGUCAUAAAUGGCUGUUUGCUAAGCGUGGUUGCGCCAUCAUGUUUGUUGCAGAACGCAACCAGGGAAUUGUGCGGUCUUCGUUCCCAGUAUCCAAGACGUACAUUUCCACCAAAGAUAGGAAGUUCCCUGGCGAGAGCUUUGUCGAGCAGUACAACUGGAAUGGUACCAUCGAUUUCGUUCCUCCCCUGAGCAUUGGUCCGGCCUUGGACUUCCGUAACUGGCUGGGAGGAGAAAAGAAGAUCAAUGACUAUUGUCACUCGAUGGCCAUCAAGGGUGGUGCCCGUCUUGCUGAAAUCUUUGGCACACAAGUCAUGGAUCAAACGGGUGAAUUCACGUGCAGCUUGGUCAAUGUCCAGAUACCCCUGCCGUCUUCCAUCAAACCUACCAAUGAAAUCAACGACUUGUUCUACCAGAAGAUGCUCGCUCCAACGAACCGGAAAACCAAGGUCAGCGCCGCGGUAUACUAUCACAAUGGAGCCUGGUGGACCCGGUGCAGUGCGCAGAUCUGGACAGAGAUCGAAGACUUUGAGCUAUUGGGGGCUGUACUGACGGAAGUAUGCCAAGAGGUCUUGACCGAGAACAGGGAGCAGCUGGAGUGAAUGUAGAAUAGAUGCUAAUCAAAUACCCAUGCCGAGUCUAACAUGCAACUUAUCGAGAUCUACGGCUUUGCAUUGCUAUUUGUCAUGGACGCUUCGUGCCAGAAUGACCCGCCAAUGGCUUCCCCACGGUUCUUCUGCGAUUCUAAAGCAGACCUUUGCGCCUCCCCUUGCUCCUCGGUCAUCCUGCAGCACCUGGCAUCGCAGAGGUUUACCAUUCAAUAUGAGAAGUCGGGUCUCGUCGAAGAGUAGACCUGGACAAGUCAUUUGUGAAAACUCAGCCGCAUGAGAGACGUAGACACGGCUUGGGUAACUCCUCCAGCGUAGAAGCCAGACAGUUCGUAAGUUUGCGAGCGGCCGCGUCAAGGUUGCCCCCACUCCUAGAUCGCUGUCACGGGCUUCAAGGCAUGAUUAAAGAUGACGCUACCUGCGGUGGGAGCUCAACGUGACACAUUGCCAGAGGGCCCCACAGUCUUCUGGGACGGUGCAUCUUGAAGAGAUGGCCGUGCAGGGUUCGACCCUGGUCCCGAUUGCUCGCCCCGUUCCGGAAUCGACAUCAACGAGAUACGCCCGGCGUGCGUGAACAACACACACAGAGGCCACCCUGAGGGCCCAGCGAUCGAUCCUGUGCCUUCUGCCAAAAUCUUAAGCUUGUCCUGUGCUGCGACCGGGAGAAGCCCGACGAUUCUUGAUGCGUUCGGUCGCACAGCUGCGUCCGCCUUAUCUCUUGCCGGCAUCCUGUUGCCCGUGUUCGCGCCUGGAAAGCUCUGCAAGGCCUAUCAGAAGCGCUCUCCCUGACCCGCGAGCUUCAACGGGGCCGUUCACAAGGCUCCGCAGAAAUGAAAGACCCGCCGACAGGACUCAUGAGCGUGAACGGCGGGCCUGACUCCUGCGGGGUCGCGCAUAUACCCAGCGGGCGUGCCUGCAUCCCAAAUGUGGCGCAGGGUCACGGCGGCGGACAAGGAAGGGGGCUGACGAGCGCAGUUUCACCCGGCGCUUGCCGGUGCUGAGCAACGGGGCGCACGCGAUGGCUAAGUUUGGGCCGCGAUCGGUGCAUAGCCUUGCAGGCGACCUUGUGAUACCACGAGCCGGCGGCCAGGAUGUCUAGUGCUAGUUCUGGCAGACGGAGAGGUGGUUGGUGGCCCCGGGCCCCCCGGGCCGAGCCGUGCGUUAUGGUGGAUGCGCUUGACCGCGGAUCGGUCUACGCCCGUCAACUACCUUCCCGUGAGUUAGGCGCGGUCAGGCUUGCAGGCUCGGUCCUGCGCAAUUCGUCGAGCGACUGUACGCUAUUAUCGGGGAACCUUGUUGAGCGGAGACGAAUUUGAGUCCGGGAAUACCUCGUGGAUGAGUGCAAGAAAGAGACAAAGCUUUCUUCAUCGCCAUGUACGCGAGCGAAUGCGACAAAAGGAGUACCACUGGUCGGAUCCGACCCUAGACUCGUGCCCAGCCGGCAUGUUUGAUCUGUUCUGCACAGCCUGAGUCAGCGGCAGCUGAAGCAUUUUUGGCGUCUGGACACGCUGACUAAGUGCUACGGUUUCGAAAUCUCUUCUGAUAUCCUCGGUAAUAGCUUCGGUCUGGCGGGAAAUGAACUCAACGCUGCGUGGAUGUUCCACGGAUCAUCCUGAUAAACACGUGAUCGCAUCUUGGAAAAAAACUGUCCAGUCAGUUUAGAAUUGGGUGCAACCAGCACGACAGCGCGGUGGCGACCACGGCUGAUAGCGCCAAAGCGAUCGAGAUCAGCGUGUAAUUUGCGUUUCUUGUUGGUCAGCGCCACAGCCAGGCAGGGCAAAUGGCGACCGACCAAGAUUGAAUUGCUACCUUCUCUCUACGUACCACCCGGGCGAUGCCGAGUAAAUGAGCGCGAGUCGCGGGACUGUGGGAUUCCUGCAGGACCAUGAUGUCACAGCGACGGUCCUCGGCGGGUGUCCGAAUGCCCGGUGCAUCACGCGACUUCAUCGGAAAAACCGAAUCUCAAAACUCCCAGUGCCAGGUUCGAGGGCCACAUUUAUUUCAGGAACACUGAAUGCCGCAGCGCAGUCCAGCCCGAAGGUGACGUCGAUAUAUUAGCGUGGACUGCAAAUCCAUCCGGAUGGUCCCAUCCGCUGCCAGGGCAGCCACCGAACACGUGCCGUCCAUCCAUUUGGGCGGCGCCAAAUUCUGAGAUUGUCCAGCACACAUCGCCGUGGCUUCGAUGGCAGCUUUAGGCCCGCCGGAAGCUGACGGCUGCCCUUACCGACCGAUGAAUGGUCCUUCGCAAGGCACGGCCGCGCAAUCGACACACGGUAUAUAAGCAGGGCGCUCGAGUUUCGGAAGAGACAUCCGACGGUCCCUCUCUCUCUCUCGGAAUCCGUCGUUGUCUGCCGCAGCGCACGCUCCCUCUCUCCUACCCACUACCAUGUGCACACACGCCGCUGCCUCCCAGACCGCCGUGUCCGUCUCCGAAGACGCAUCCCGCUCACAUCACGCCAUCACGGAAGUCGUCCUCCCAAAAUCAUUCAGCUCGGGGCCCCAGUGCUGCUCCUGCGGCUGGAGGGGCGGAGGACAUGCCUGGAAGUGUCCUUUCAAUCCGGAAACCUGCGCUUGAGUUUGUUCGACGGAUCAGCGCCACCAACCCCACAACUCGCUGCCCACGGCGCACUAUCACCUCCCAAUCCUCCUCUUACUCUGUUAUCAUAUCUGUCUUCUUAUCUCCACACUGUAUAACUACCUCGGAGCUCGAGGCGCAUCCGUCCUACGCAAUGUAAUCAACCACCAAUAGCAUCUAUCUCUGUGCAACGGCCAAUACCAAU